CUCUUCUACCAUCAUGGCGCUGACUAAAUCUGUCUACAAUCUGCUCUUCAGGAGAACCUCUACUUUCGCUAUAACCAUCAUGGUUGGAGCAGUCUUCUUUGAACGACUAUUUGACCAAGGCGGUGAUGCGAUUUUUGAGCAAAUUAAUCACGGGAAACUAUGGAAACACAUCAAACAUAAUUACGAGAACAAAGACGAGGAAUAGGACGCCUUCCCCGGGGUCAUCUAAGGCUGAAGUUCAACUGUUGUCACACUUCCAUCAUCCAUUCUUCCUGGACUCCACACCCGAAUCAAGCAGCAGUCAACAUGGACAAUGUGCACAAAGUCAUGCUCAGGCUGGCAGCGGCUACCAGGGGACCUGUUGGAGAUGAUUCGCUGUCCAGAUCACCAUGAAGAUGGAGCAAUGGUUCCUGCCACCUCGUCCCACCUCCCUGUUGUUAUAUGUAAUGCCAUCGUUUCCCUCACAGAUUGUUAAUGGUUAAAUUAAACAUGUGUUAAUGUCUUA